AUGCCCAACGACGAGCAAGAGACACCGGCUCCAGAGCAACAGGCACCAAUGCGGGUGGACACGCUGGACCAAGGAAAAGUUAAGCUCCCAGAUUUCGUUGAGGAACAUACCGACCUAUGGUUCUGGCAAGUCGAGGCGGCAUUUGAAGCAGCAGGUAUCGUGUCCGACAAAAAACGAUACUAUACCAUAAUUGGACAACUGCCUACGCACGUUAUGUACAAACUAGCUGAUUUCCGUACCAAUCCACCAGCACGCAACGAAAUGUACAAAAACCUCAAGGCUCGAAUCAUUAACGAAUUUGCCGAUAGCACACAAACCAAACUAACAAAGCUCCUCAGCGACUUAUCACUCGGUGACCGCAAACCGUCACAGUUGUUAGCCGAAAUGCGGACAAGGGCCGCAGCUACACCAGUUACAUACGAGCUCCUAAAGCAGUUAUGGCUCCGGAAUCUGCCUGAACAAAUACGCGCAAUUCUAUCCGCAGACGAGCACAUAACAUUAGUCAACGCAGCAACGAUGGCCGAUCGUAUCAUGGAGGCUACCAAAGACAGCAACUCUUUCAUACACGCUGUUUAA